UCUGAUGUGGGCUUUAUGGUAUUUGCGCAUGAGGCCCAAAGUGGAGCCCCGUAUUCUGAACGCUGUCUCGACUCGCGAUUUCAUUAGGGUUUUCCCCUUUUUCUUCUCGCGGCGUGAGCUUACCGACGAAGCCAGAGUUAGGCUCAGAUCGCCGUUCCGAUAUACAUAACGCCUCAGAUCUCCAUAAAUGCGUUCUUAACUUCGUUCUCCACGUUAUUCCUCCACUUAUUUCAUUUGAAGCCAUCAGUAAACCUCUUCAUCUAUCCCUGUAACCGAUUUCAGCUCUAGCUAUAAAUACAGUACUCAUCAUUCUUGCGAUGCACAGUUUUUCCAAAGCGAAUCUCAGAAGCAAAGCGAAAUUUCGAAGCAAACACUUUCCUAUCAACCGAUCUCGAUGGCGAAUUCGUACACGCUUCUUCAGAACUUGAGAGCCGGCCGAUGCUCAAACACUGCGGAGGUUCGCCUGCUGAGAUUCUGGGAGGCCAAGAAUAUCAACAAGGGCGGAGAGCUUAUUAGCGUUGACAUGUUGCUUAUCGAUGAGAACGUAAGCACCACCGUCUUUCACUGAUUCCUCUGAUUCCUCUCUAUGUAGCAUCUUUAUUGAUAUCUUGUCUUGAUCUGUCUAUUAAUAUCCUGUCUUGAUCUGUCUAUUAAUAUCUUGUCUUGAUCGGUCUUUCAGUUAACGGUGGUCCACGGUUCAAUCCCUGCGUCUCGCCAGCUUCAGUUCAAAAAUCGCCUCAGCGAAGGCUCUGUCUACACUCUUAGCGGAUUUGAUGUCACGCGUAGCAGUCCCAAGUACCGGUUGUCUGAUGCGCCUGUCUCUGUCCGUUUUAAUGCUGAGACUGAUUUUGAGAAGCUACCAGCAACUGAUAGUAUCAUACCGACCGAACACUUCCGUUUCCGACAGUACGACCGGAUAAUUGAGCUAGCAAACACUGGCAAUCAGCUUCCUGGUAUGACUUUGUAUAUUUCUGCUUUUAUUAUUGAGAUGUCUGCUGUAUAUUUUAAUCGUUGAUAAUUGAACUGUCUGAGCAUUUGUGUUUAUUUGUAUUACAGGCGUAAUAGGGGAGCUUUGUGCAAUUAGGAGCACAAUAACCGAUCGUAUCCCGGGGGCUCAGCGCGUAAUGCUAACCUUGCGACUUGAAAGGUAUCGACUUAAAACAUAAAGCAAAGUUUUUCUAAGCAAAGAAACACGUAACUGCAUGUGUUUGUUUAUUGAAUUUGCCUUUGAAUAUAGUCAACAAAUUCGUUCAUUUUCUUAUAGUAGUAGCACUUUCUGCAUGUGUUGUCCAUGUCAUGACAGCUGCAAUUAUGUUGUGAUGAAUAAAGAUUUGCAGAGUAAUUUAUAAACAUCUAGACAGAUUUGUGAAUCAAAAUAUAAAAGUUUCACCAACUUUAUGAUACGUUCACCAACAUAUCUAUAAAAGUCUCUGAUUCAUUAUGAGCGAGGGUGCAACUGUGUGUGUAAGUAUGUUUGACUAUUUGGCCCUAGCAUUCCAUAAUAAGCUCGAUGGAUACGGAAAAGAGCCAAGAAUUGUUAUUGUCACGGGUAUCAACCCGAAGAUGGUUUCCGGUAAGAGUGAUUGCAUGUGGUCGUUAUGUGGUCAACUUAGCUUGCUAUGGAUAACAUUAGCUUAUGUUUAUUUCGUUGUGUUUUGGCAGGGAAGCUCUAUCUGAAUGGCACUUCUGCCACACGUAUUUAUUUUGACUCUGAGACUGCUGUAGGGAAAGUCGAGUUUGACAGGCAAGCCAUCUUACUAUUAGUAGAUAUUGGUAUAGUGAAUAAUUGGGUUCUGUAAAAUUUGUCAUGUUAUUCUCCUUUCAGAUUGCCAGGUGUUGAUCCAGACCAAUCAGGGUCUUCAUCAAAAGUAGUUCACGCACAAAAGAUUGAACCCAUGACCGUUUCUGAGCUGAACCAGUUUGUCCUCACUGCUGAUCCCCAGGUAAUUUUCCAUAUGUUCAGAAUUAUAAACCUUUCAAUAAAUCAUUGAUGAUUUUGUGUGUUCUGUUUUACUUGAUAGAUCAUCGAGUUCCUCUGUACGGCGAAGGUGACUGAGAUACAGCUCGAUGAGGGUUGGAGUUAUAUUGGGUGCUCGGUGUGCUCAAAGAAACUAACCCGUGAGGAGACUUCAUUUGCUUGCGUCCCAUGUAAUGAGACCAAUGCUGUGGCUAAACUCAGGUACCGUAUGAUACUCUCCGUUUCAGAUGCCACUGGCGCAGCAGCAUUCCUUGGUUUCGAUACAGAGAUGUCCAAACUCACACACGUCCUUACUUCUGAGGCUGCACAGAUUGUGGGGAUAGGAACUAUUGCUCAGGUGGGCGUUGUGCUGCCUCGCCUACUCGCUGAUCUCGUGGGAAGAACCUACACUUUCCAGCUCAAGCUCAAAGAUUUCAACUUUACACCUAAUCACCAGACUUUUACCAUCUCUCGCAUUUUUCCUCAGCGUGAGCUUGCGCCCAAUCCCACGUUUGCUGAGGAAGAUGUUGAGGUCAUCGAACCUGCAAACCCUCAGUCAGCGGCCGAAAGAUCAGGUGACAAAGAUGCUACCACGUCCAACGUUGCAGAGCAAUCAACCGUGGCAACAGAUGCAGAGGGGACGGAGCAGGCAGCCCGUAAGAAAGCAAGAGUGGAAUGAUUUGUAGCAUGUAUCACUAACAACCACGACGAGCCUUUGUCAUUUUCUGUUUCCUGAAUCUUUUAGUUCGUUUAUGUUGGGUUUUUUUUUUUAAAUUUAAAACUAUGAGUCGUGGUUGUUAUUCCUGUUAUAUAAGCAACUUUAUUUCUUUCAUGCAACGUUCCAACAUGCGAUCUGUAGAGAUGCUUACUACAAUACUGUGAAUAUCACAAUUAUUAGUUCCCAAUACUUAAUUAUUAUAAAAUCAAUAAAAAAAGAAGGUUACGUUCCCAAUCUCUUGCGUAUCACGCAAUUACAAAUGUUUUUUUUCCCUUUAACCUGGCUUUCAAGCUAUUACAAAUGUUUGUACGUUAAAGUAAAUGAAAGCAGGACCUAAGAGUUGCAGGGGACAGAACAUAUUUGGAUUAGUACACACAGAUCAACUUCACUGAAAAUAUACAAAACAACACACAAUAACAAUGAAGAUAAGUUGUUCUCUCUAAUUCAUUCACUUCACAUACAAGAUUUCGCAAACCAACAGAUCUCUAAAGUGAACAUUCGUGAAAGUGUGUAAUGCAAGGAACCAGACAUUCAACUAUUUAUAACAUGAUAAAUUUAAGAAACCAGUAACAGCUGUAUGGUGACUGAACGUUUUACAGAAAAAAUUAAAAAACCCCUUCCACGCUCGAUACAAAACACUUAUCAUACAUCAGCCGUUACGAACAGACCUCAUCAUUUUCCCCUGCGUCUUUGUAACAAACUCUGCAGAUUGCUAACGCGACCAUCUAGCUUGCACGAAGUCAUGGUUAAGACACCAGUAUCAGAUCCAGACAAAGCACCUGUGCUAUCCACAUCAGCAUCAUCAUCGGCAACUAAACGAAGCCGGAAAAAAAAGGGGGUAAGUUUUUCCCACAAUCAAAAUUCAUCCAUCUUUAUAUUUUCAAACUACUUCGUCAUGUUAGCUAGACUAUGAUCUAUCAGUAUCUGAUGAACGCCAGCCGUGGUUGAGAGAGCACUAUCUCACACCCUUGCUCAGAGGCAGGUCAAACGUUGAUUGUUUAUAUGGUGAGACACACCUGAUUCUGAUUCUUGCUUUCGGAAUUAAAUCAAAUGUUCUAACUCUUUUUGUUUCCACGCCAUGAAUACUCUUCUCAGCAACUAAUGCAAAGGUUGCACGUCAGCGUCGGAGAACGAUACGCGCAAGCAUGAGAAACAAAGGACCUCAACAAACCAUACAACACAGCCAAAGCACUACCCUAUCUGAACAAAGUCAUACCAUUAAUGAUGUUGACUCGGAUAGAGGUAAUAGCCAACCAGAUCAUCAAUGAUCUAUAAAGCAUACUUACCAAGCUCAUUUUCUCAACUUAAAUUUAAUUACAGUUAACAAAAGAACAGCUCGGGCUCUGCGGAUGGAGAAACUGAUUAAGAAAAGAGUAGCCACACCAAAAAAAUGUAAGUGCUCCUCUUUGCCUAAUUUCAUAAAUCUACAACACAAAGAUUAAGUUCUAAAUUCACCCAAGAGUUCUAAAUUUAUUUCUUAACUUUUUUACAUCAGUAAAUGUGGCUGCAAGUGGAAGCCGUCCAGGUAUGGACCAGACCAUAAAAGAACAUGAUACAAACACGUCUUGAUGCUAAUAUAACCUUCUCAUUCUUAUUUAGGCGGAAGGUACCGGCGCCCAGUUGUAAACAAGUGGGAUUUAGUCACAUGCCCAGACUGUAAAGCGAUUGUCUGGAAUGCAGAAGCUGUUGUUCAAGAGACACAAAACUCUCCCAGGAGGUUCAGCAUUUGUUGUCAGCAAGGCCGUGUAAAUCUACCACCGAGGCGACAACCGCCAUCCCCAUUGAAAGAACUUCUUGAAAAAUCAAGCUUCAAAAUUUUGAUUAGAGUUGCUAAUGGAAUGUUGGCUUUCACGUCAAUGGGUGGCCAAAUUGACAAUUCUGUCACCAACACCCCUGGUCCCUUCUCAUUCAGGCUUCAUGGGCAAACUCACCAUAGAAUUGGUUCUCUGCUCCCACCCGAAGGAAAACCUCCGCAGUUUUCACAGCUUUACAUAGUGGACACAGAACACGAAAUAGCAAACAGAAAAAAGUCAUUCAACAAGGGUACAUCGGCUUUGGCUGUUGAUGAUGAUUUGGUAGACAGCUUGAUCAAGAUGUUGGACGAACAUAAUCCUCUGGCCAAGACGUUCAGACAUGCACGUGACCGAAUCUUAUCUGGGGACACAGUCGAAUUCAGCAUCACUUUAGUGAACCAGAAGCAUCGAGGAUGACAGUAUGACUUACCAGCUGUAGGUGAGAUAGGCGGUUUGUUAGUUGGAGACUUCACAGUAGACUCUGCAGGUAAGGAUUUAGUACUUGAGUACAAGUCAUCUAAGCUGCAGCGGAUAAGCGAUCUUCACCCUCUCUACAUGAGUCUUCAGUACCCACUGCUUUUCCCAUACGGAGAAUAUGGAUACGAUGAGCACAUACCUUAUCAAACCACUAAGCACUCUAAAAUUAAACGGGAAUGUAUGACUAUGAGAGAGUACUAUGCGCAUCAGAUCCAGACAAGGCCAUCAGAGGGUAUGACAAUCAUAAAGUCGGGAAGAUUGCUUCAUCAAUAUAUUGUAGACACUUAUACAGCAACCGAGCAGGAGAGAUUGCGCUUCAUCAGACUUAACCAGAAACAGCUGAGGGCUGAGUUAUAUACAAACAUCUGUGAUGCAUUGGAGAGUGGAGAUACCGAUGCAAGCAAGCUUGGGACAAAAGUUAUCUUGCCUUCUUCUUUCACUGGAAGCCCUCGAUACAUGUCUGAGAAGUAUCAAGAUGCCAUGGCUAUUUGUCGUUGGUAUGGUAAUCCCAAUUUAUUCUUCACGUUCACAGCAAACCCAAAUUGGGUUGAAGUGAAGGAGCAUCUUGAAGUAUACGGAGGGGACUUAGCAAACAACAGACCAGACCUUGAGUGCAGAGUUUUUAAACUCAAACUGGAGGAGCUUAUGUCAGACUUUAAGAAAGGCGUUUUUUUCCCUAAACCAGCUGCAUGCAAGUUGAAAUUUCACAAUUUAAAAUACCUAAACCUAAAAACAAAAUAGCUUAUGUCUUACUCUCACAACUACCGUUCAUUCUUAUUGGUUAAUACAGUUGUUUACACCAUAGAGUUCCAGAAGCGCGGCCUCCCACACGCGCAUAUCCUUCUUUGGUUCGAGGGAUUCAAAGGAGAAGCCACAGCUGAAGUCAUCGACAAAUAUAUCUCGGCCGAGCUACCUAACAAGGAAACAGACAAGGAAGGUUUUGAGUUGGUUGAACGCCACAUGAUCCAUGGGCCUUGCGGGAAGCAACGGCGUCUGUCACCGUGCAUGGAGAAAGGCGAAUGCACGAAGAAAUUCCCUAAACCCUAUUCGAACAAUACAAAGAUCGACAAAUCUGGCUUCGUUAUCUACAAACGGCGCACUGAUGAUGGAUCAUCUGUUCUGAAAGGUGAUAUAGAGUUAGACAAUCGCUAUGUUGUGCCUCAUAACCUCUCUAUACUCAAGAAAUACAAAACACACAUCAAUAUUGAGUGGUGUUGCAAAACAAGCGCAAUAAAGUACCUCUUCAAAUACAUAACGAAGGGGGUGGAUCGAGCAUUGGCUCUGAUGGAGCAGACUGGUAACAACGACCGCACAUCGCAAGAAAAAAAGAAGAAACAACUUCAACUGGAUGAGAUUGAUAGAUACCUGGAAUGUCGGUAUAUCUCAGCAUGUGAAGCCUCCUGGAGAUUGUUUUCGUUUCACAUUCAUCACAACCAACCUUCAGUUAUGAAAGACAUUGCAUCUGCCAGGUGAGCAUAGGCUGGUAUACAAGCAGGACAAGAGUAUAGCGGAAGUUCUCUCCAAAGAAGAUAUAGAGAAGACGAUGUUGACUGCGUAUUUUGUUGCCAACCAGAAAUACGAAGAAGCUAGAGAGCUUACUUACAUUCAGUUCCCCUCUCGGUUUGUCUACCAUUCUGACGACAAAACGUGGACACCCAGGAAACAUGGGACAGCUAUAGGCAGACUUAUCUACGUACAUCCAACCGCAGGAGAUAAAUACUAUCUUAGAAUCCUUCUAAAUGUGGUCAAAGACGCUUUCGACUUUGAAGAUCUCUGCACCGUAGGUGGUACGACAUUUAAAGAGUUCCGUGAUGCGUGCUAUGCGCGUGGGUUGCUAGAUGACGACAAGGAAUGGCACGAUGCAAUAGUUGAACCAUCCUUCUGGGCAACAGGUCGUCAACUAAGGUCCUUAUUCGUCCUUAUUUUGCUUUACUGUGAAGUUGGAAAUCCACUGAAACUUUGGAAUCAUACCUGGAAGAUAUUGGCUGAAGAUAUUCUAUUCAUGAAACAGAGAGAAUUCAACUUCGCAGGCUUGCUUCUGCCUGAUCCGCAGCUGCAAGAAUAUACGUUGAUUGAGAUCGAGCGGCUUCUCAAAGAAAAUGACAAAUCCCUAGCUGAUUUCGCUGGGAUGCCAAAGCCAAACCCGAAUGUUCUCAAGGAAAUUUCAAACACUGUAUUGCGUCAAGAGCUUAGCUAUGACACUGAGAAAGAAGCAGCUGAGCAUGAUAAACUGUUUAGCACCAUGAAUGAAGAUAAAAAAACAUAUACAGUGCGGUAAUUGACUCUGUGGACAAAGGAAACAGCCAGUUGUUCUUUGUGUAUGGUGCUGGCGGAACUGGGAAAACGUUCUUAUACAGGACAAUUAUAGCAAGACUAAGAUCAACUGGAAAGGUGGUCAUCCCUGUUGCAUCGGUAGGCAUUGCAGCUUUACUGCUACCAGGAGGUAGAACAGCUCACUCACGGUUCAAGCUCCCAAUAAAUUUAACAGAUACAACAGUGUGUGAGAUUACAGCUGGUUCUAUGUUAGCGAGUCUAAUUUCAAAGACUGACUUGAUCAUAUGGGACGAAGCCCCUAUGGCACACCGUCAGGCCUUUGAGACUCUCGAUCGCACACUAAGAGACUUGCAAUCGCUCCAAGAUCCAUCAGCGGCUGAUAAACCGUUUGGAGGGAAAACAGUGGUACUUGGUGGUGAUUUUAGGCAAAUCUUGCCGGUGAUACCUCAAGGAACAAGACAAGACACAGUUAAGGCCUCCAUCAGCAAGUCAUACCUCUGGUCGCAUGCAGAAGUUUACACGUUAACCAUGAACAUGAGAUUGAGACAAGCUGACAAGGAAUUUGCUGAAUGGAUUUUAAAAGUUGGCAAUGGAACUGCACCAACUGUGAACUCAGAGGAGAGAAAUCAUGAUGAUGGAGAGCAGGUUAUCAUAGGAGACAAGUUCAUGAUACCAAGAACUGAUCAUCCUCACGAGUCUAUAUCAAAUGCUGCGUAUCCAGACUUUGUAAGUAAAUACUUGAACCGCGCAUACUUAACAGAGAGAGCUAUCUUGUCCCCAACCAACGUCAGUGCUCAUGAAAUAAACUCAUACCUUCUGCCUAAAGUACCUUCUGCUGAGAAAGAAUUUUUGAGCUCAGACAGUGUUGCUUUUGAGAGCACGCCAGAAGAGGACUGGACCAAUAACUACACGCAGGAGUACUUAAACUCGCUUGAGUUCCCAGGUUUACCACCUCAUAAACUCUGUCUGAAAGUUGGUGCUCCGGUUAUGAUGCUGCGCAAUCUAAGCCAAAAAAAUGGGUUAUGCAAUGGAACACACAUGAUGAUCUCGCGUCUGGGACACAGAGUACUGGAGGCCGAGCUUCUAACAGGUACUCAUGUCGGUGACAGAGUUCUUAUCCCAAGAAUUCAGCUAUCCCCAACAGACACUAUCCAUCCUUUCACAUUUCGGAGGAGACAAUACCCAAUCAAGCUGUGUUAUGCGAUGACUAUAAAUAAGAGCCAGGGCCGGAGCUUGAAGCAGGUAGCUCUCUAUCUUCCUAGACCUGUUUUCAGCCACGGGCAACUAUAUGUUGCGCUCUCGCGCGUCACCUCACCGGAGGGUCUUAAGAUUCUUGAUGAUAUAGAAGGUUCAACUAGAGAAGAUGGUGUGACAAAUAUUGUCUACAAAGAGAUUUUCGGAAAUCUCAGGACACGUAAGUCUUAUAUUAGCCUUUCCUAAGAACAACAGUUUUAGAACCUACCAAUACAUAGAUGUCUUACUUAUGCUUACUUCAUUACAGGAAACAGCUAUGAAGGCCACUCCAGUCUCCCACAUAUCGGAGAAUCAUAACUGUCACUGGAAACUAAUGUUCUGCUAGACCCUUAUUUAUCAUUCCACCUUAUUUUAUAUACAGAAAGUGUUUCCCACAUCUGCUUUGCUUAUGGAUUUAUUCAGUCUCUAUAUUUCUAAACAAAAGUCCCUGUUACAAUAUUUAUUCUCUGCCUGCUUUUUGUUUUGCAAUUCAAGUUGCCAUAUAUAUGCAAUUUUUUAAAAAAACACGAUAUAACACUUAAGUUACGGGAAAAACAAUAUAUGAGGUAGACUUAUAAAUUGUUAAAUAAAUUUACAUAUAAUUUAUUUUCUGUUAGAUACUAAAUGACAUAAGAUAAUAGAUAUGAAUUUAUAAGGAUGUAAGAAAAAGUUAUAAAGUUUCAGUUAUAUAAAAAAAAAACCUAAAAAAGUACCAUCGACUAAAUGAAAUUGUUACUCAUGCACGUGCCAAUAUUAAUUUUUAUUUUCCCAAGCAACCAAUAUAUCAUUUCAUUUGCGGUGAGAAACUAUAUCUCAGGUAAACUUAUAAAUUGUUAAUUACAUUAAAACUGGCUUGGAAAAAAAAAAACUUAGAAACAAAAUAAAAAGCUCAUAUACUAAAGUUAAGAGUAUUUACAGAAUCGGAAAAAUGAACUGUUGUCAUCAACGCCUUCAGAUUACAUAAAACGUUCAUACAAAAGUUUUACAAAUCAACAUAACUGACUUUAAUGUCGAAUAAUUGCAUCAACAUGCGUUACCUUCCACUAACACUCUAAAAACUAAACAGUCACCGCUGCUCCUAGCUUCUUAUAAAUAGACGUGCGACCCAAGCACCUUACCGAAACAUCUUCCCAUACAAACACAACUCAAAAAUCUCAAACCAGUCCCAUGGAUCAGAGAAGAGCAAAGAAGCAGAGCCUUGACAACAUGCCAGAAGACCUGCGCAUGGUCAUUGUUUCUAAAGUGGGAGCUAACUCCGCAUUGGACUACUUCAACGCGAUCAUAGCGUCCAAAAGCCUCUGCUUCCGUUUUGACAACCGCUUUAUCGCUAGAGAUCUCAACCUCGAGCCGUUGGUCAAGAAACCAGCCCAAGCGAAGAGAUACAGAUCGUUAAUGGACAGCUGUCUCCAAGCCAAUAACGUCCAUGCUCACUUCGUGACAGGUAUGCUUCAGGUUGACUACUUUGUGUUGUUAUCAGA